AUGGAAUCCGAAAAAGCGUGUCAAAAUGUAAAACCCGAUGAAACCAGUGAGGAAAAUGUGAUUAAUAAUAAUAACAACGAUGUUCCAAAAGUUGUUGGUGAAGAUUCAGCCCCAAAGGCUGUAGAUGAUCUGCAAGAAGCCAUUGAAAUAAAUAAUAGUGAUAGGCUGCCAGCUGAUGACGAAAAGGAAGGUCAGGAAAGUAAAGCGUCAGUUGUAGAUGUUCCACCUCCAGUAGUAGUACGAAAAAAACAAAGACAAAAAAGGCGAAUUCAACAUGGAGGGGCUAAAAGAGAAUCUACUCCUAUCAGAUAUCUUGGAGAUAUUUCAGGUGAUGAAAUGACUGUGGCUGAUAGCGAAAUAGUUAAAGAUGAGAAAAGUCCUCAUGUUAAUGGAAAGGAAUGGUCAUCAAGUAGCACAAGUGAGAAUAUCAGCCGUCAAGGAAGUUUUCGAAAAGAUCAAGCUAAAAAAGGAAGCAUUUCUGAAAUAGCCCAACAAGAACUUGUGACAUUGUAUAACAAAACAAAAAAAUCACUAACAGCAGCCGCUCAAAGAGGCCGAGAAAGGUUUAGAAAAUACGAACAACAAUUGUCUAAAAGAAGCCAGUCAGCACCACAGAAAUUUGUUGAAGAGUUGCAAGAGAGUUUGGAAAAAGUGCAAAAAAUUGAGUAUCCUUUGAGAAGGAAAUAUUCUGAUUCGAAUUUUCCUGUUAGUGUUAAUGGUUCGUUUAGAAGUGUCAGUCCACCACAAAUACUACGCAACAGAAGAUGUACUAAACGAGCUACCACUCCUAAAAUAAUCGAAGUCUUGGAUCCAAAAACUUCGAAUGUGGUCCAAAGAAAAUCCAUUGGGCGUGUAGGCGGCGUAGGAAAAACACCGAGAUACAUUGUUUCCUUAAAAGUAGCUUCAAUUAAGGAUAUUCCGCGAAAUUUUCAAAUCCACAAACAGCAAUUCCAUCGAGAUUACACUAAGUUGAAACAAACAUUCCGAAAAUGCUGCUUGGAACUUUUCCUUAUUAUGAUCUUCUGUGGCCUAGGAGGAAUUAUGUUUAAGUUUACUGAAGGUACCUUCGAAACGUACUACAAAUGCGGCGUAAAACGGGUGAAAAGAGAUUUUAUCGAUCUUUUAUGGUCGAAAAGUCAUAAUUUAAGGGAGGACGAUUGGAAAUCGUUAGCUCGUAGUAGAUUAAGAGGGUUUGAGGAAGAGUUACAUAACGCUCACGAGGCGGGUAUGACAGAUUAUAGCGGGAUGAGGUCCUGGAGCUUUUUAAAUGGGAUUAUUUAUUGCUUGACGAUAGUGACAACUAUUGGUUAUGGACAUAUGUUUCCCAAAACUAACACAGGCCGAGCCCUUACCAUCGUAUACGCUCUCAUAGGAAUUCCAUUAUUUCUGAUAGCUCUAACAGAUUUUGGCAAGCUCUUCACGAGAGGCAUAAAAUUUGUCUGGUCUUUCAUUAGACGUCUUUACUAUACAGGAAGUUGUCGGAAAGUACGGAAAAAUUCUGGAGUUGAUGAUAUUUUCAAAGGCGCCCAAAACCUUUACGACUACGCCACUUUCAAAAGACCAUCACUAUUUGAUCCAAAUACCCCAAAUCUUGGAGAUGCCGAAAGCCAACAUCAAACCACUGAUACUCCUACAACUCCAGCAAUAUCAAAUUUUGAAAUUGAUGAUGAAUUUAAUCUACCGAUUUCUGUAGCACUCUUCAUCUUAGUUUCUUACAUCUUCUGCGGAGCUGUAAUGUACAUGGUCAUAGAAAAAUGGAACUUCUUCGAAGCGUUUUAUUUUGUAUUUAUUUCCAUGUCAACAAUUGGCUUUGGUGAUUAUGUACCUAGAGAUCAAGUAUUUAUGAUCGUUUCCAUUGUAUAUUUAGUUUUUGGAUUAGCUUUGAUGUCUAUGUGUAUUAAUGUAGUUCAAGCUAAGCUAAGUGAUACUUUCAAAAAAGCAUCUUCGAAAAUAGGAGCUACCAUGGGGCUUCAAGUGGAUGAAGAAGACAGUGUCAUUACGGCAACUCCGCAAAAUAUAGAAGAAGUUACGCCGGUGCAGGUCGAGACUACAGAUGAACGAUCGAGUGAUGCAUAA